GGUAGAUUCAAGCUGUCUGAUGCUGGACUUGGAUGGAAGAGCCAGGCAACCAGCGAGAUCAAAACUGUGCCUGCUGCAGAUAUUCGUUUUCUUCAUUGGCUGAGAGUAGCUAGAGAUUAUCAGCUACGAGUGACCAGACAGGACGGAAGCAUCAUCAUGUUUGAUGGAUUUCCCAAGGAUUCGUUUGAAUACCUUUCGUCUAUUGCCAACCAACAUUACAAUGUUCCAUUGGAAGUCGUCGACACUUCACUUCGAGGAUACAACUGGGGCGAGCCCAACUUCCAAUCGAGCAUUCUCUCCUUCAACGUCGAUAAAAAAACUGCUUUCGAGAUUCCAUUGAAUCAGGUCAGCAACACUGCUGUUGGAAACAAAAAUGAGGUCUCGAUCGAGUUUCAUCCUCCAAUUGCAAAUGCAACGGAUCCAUCUCCUAUAGGACGUAGUCGAGCAAAAGAAGAUGCACUUGUUGAGAUACGCUUUUACCUUCCAGGAAAUAUUUCGCAACAGGCAUUAUAUGAUGCCGAGGGUGAAGUGCUUACCGCUGCUGCUCUUUUUUGUGACACUGUUAAGCAAAAGGCUGAUAUGGACUCUAUUCUAUCAGAGUCUAUCGUCAGUUUCUCAGAACUUUUGUGUAUUACGCCUAGAUCUCGCUUUGUUGUAGAGAUGCACGAGGCAUAUUUCCGUCUUCGUGGAAAAAGCCAUGAUUACAAGAUCCUAUAUUCUGCCAUCAAGAGGAUGUUUUUGGUUCCCAAACCCGACGAUUUGCAUUACAUGUUUAUUGUAGGACUUGAUCCUCCUUUGCGUCAGGGUCAAACACGGUACCCAUAUCUUGUGUUCCAAUUUGGUCGUGAGGAGGAGAUUGAGAUUGAUCUGACUCUUGAAGAAUCUGUGAUUCAAGAAAAGUAUGCUGGCGCUCUCGAGAAAAGCUACGAUGGCCCUGUUUAUGAAGUAGUAAGUGACGUGUUCAAGGGCCUUUCCAAGAAAAAGGUCAUCAUGUCUAGUCUACAGUAUCAAAGUGCCAAUGGCCAAAGUGGACUCAAGUGCUCUCAAAAGGCAAACGAAGCAAUUUUGUACCCGCUGGACAAGUGUUUCUUGGCCAUUCCUAAACCACCCAUCUUUUUCUCUCACUCGGACAUCACUGCAGUCACCUUUUCGCGAGUAUCAUCAGGAUCUACAGCAUCAACCAAAACAUUUGAAGUCAAAUUUAGUUUGGUGACUGGUGUAGAAUACUCAUUUUCUAGUAUUUCUCGGGAAGAGUAUGGUCCUUUGGAGGAAUUCUGUUUAAGCAAGAGACUACCGGUUCGAAACGAGAUUGCCGACGAAGCAGUUACUUAUCGCGAGAGUGACGACGAUGGUGAAAAGAGCGGUGGAAGAAGAAAAGUAUCCUAUCAAGAAGAGGAUGAAGACUUUGUUGGAGCAAGUGAUUCAGACGUUGGCGAGGAAUUCAGCGAAGAUUAUCAGAGCUCGGAUGGUGAUGAAGGGGGUGAAGGAGAAUGUAGGUGUAUCGCUUGA